CAUGUUUCCAGCCCCCAAACUCCUUCCCUCUCUCUCUCACUCUCUUGCCCAAUACGUUGUCUGUUUUAUCUGCCUUCUUUUUCCCAUAAGUUUGCUUAAUCCACAACCUCAAGUCCAGUGGCUGGAGCCCCAAAUUGAAAUCCUAGAAUCUCUUCUGAUACCGAUUUCCUUUUGUUUUCUUUUUCGGGUUCUACCGAAAAGACCUCGAUCUCAGUUUUGUUUGAUCCUUCUCUGUCUCCUUCUUUGACUGCGUCUCUCCGUGUGUCUUAUGGCUGUCUCGUUGGAUUCGAUGCCACUGGGAUUCAGAUUUAGGCCUACGGACGAGGAGUUAGUGAACUUCUAUUUGAGGUACAAGAUCAAUGGGAAUGACAAAGAUGUUUGGGUUAUUCGUGAGAUUGAUGUUUGCAAGUGCGAGCCCUGGGAUUUGCCUGGUUUAUCGGUGAUAGAGACGAAGGAUCAGGAUUGGUUCUUCUUCUGUCCACAGGACCUGAAGUAUCCAAACGGACGUCGAUUGAACAGGGCAACGGCUGCUGGGUACUGGAAGGCAACCGGUAAGGAUCGGCAAAUUAAGUCAGGAGGGAGCUUGAUUGGAAUGAAGAAGACCCUGGUCUUCCACACAGGGCGUGCUCCUCAUGGAACAAGGACCAAUUGGGUGAUGCAUGAGUACCGCACUACCCUGAAGGAGCUUGAUGGCACUAACCCUGGUCAGAGUGCCUUUGUCCUCUGUCGCUUGUUCAAGAAACAAGAUGAGAGUAUUGAAGCUUCAAAUGGCAAUGAAGCUGAACCAGUUGCUUCAUCUUCUACCACUGCCAAAUGUUCUCUUGAAGAUACACAGUCUGAAGUAGCACGGGAUCCAGCAUCUCCAUCGCUGGGAGGGCAAUCUGAAAACAAUCCUGCAAGUAUUGACUACUGUCCUGAUAAAAAAUCUAUUGGAACGAUAUCCGACACUGUCAUACCUGUCAAUCAUAACAGCAGCAGCUGUGGUGCAGAGAGGAAUGUGCUAGAGUCACCAGUUUCUGAGCUGCUGGAAUGCUUUAAAAAGCUCGAUGAACAACAAAUGGAGCUACUAGAUGGCACGAUUCUCUCCCCAUUACACUCACAGGUGAAAAAUGAGCUAGGAUCUUCCUUCACUGAUUACCCUAACCUCACUAAUCCGGAAAAUAGUCACAGUGGGGUGCAGUUUCAAUAUGGCUCGAAUGAGCCAUAUGACUUUGACCCUGUGUUCCUAGAUCCCUUUCCUAAUGCUCCAUAUGGGUCCCCAUAUCUCGAAGCUGCCAGUCUAUUGGAUCUGGCUAAUGAAGGGCAGAACCCGAUGAACAUGGAACCCGUUCAACCAUCUGUUGAGAACUUUGUGCAGGGCACUGCUCCAAGAAGAUUUCGUAUGCAGUGUAAACUACAAGUGCGGUCUUGUAGUUUAAAACCAGCUACAACGGAGGAGGGAAAAACUUCAGAGAAGCACGUCCUUCCUGAUGAUCCUGGUAAUGAUGCUAAUACCACCAGUACUUUGAGUGAAAAGCAAAGGAUCCUUUCUGAUUCCAUUGACAACAGCAAAACCUCUCAAGAGCCAAGUACCAGUACGAGGAGGGGAAGCUUAAAAUCAAAGGGUAACACUUUGAGACCUCCCGUUGGUCCCUCAAUCUGGCCAUUUGAAAUUAUGUUCAGAGUGGCGAUGGUUGGAGUGUUGUUCAUAAUCUUGCUAGCGUAUGGAAAUGUAUUAAAUUUUGAUGCUACUUGACACCUUUUUGUUAAUAUAGUUGGCUCCAAUAGGAUUUUAUUUUAUUUGUGUAAAUUAUAUUAGGCUUACCAGGUCCAAUUGUCAGGUUCGUCCAUUUUAGAAUCUAUGUAGUUUUGUAACCCCAGCCCCCCCCCAAAAAAAAAAAGUGUUACAUGUUCAAACUUAGUCCAUCUUUGUAUGUAUAUAUCUUCCAUUGCGGAAUUUUGUAUUAUUUGAAAUGAUUUUGAGCUGCAUUGUUGUGCCUAUUCAGAGAACAGUUCGGCUUUCUUGAUCAA